ACGGAACCCUGUCGACCUCUUUCUCUCUCUAAAACCUCUUCUCUAAAAUCACUCCCUCAAAAUUUCGAUCGAAAACUCUGAAUUGGAUCCUGAAUCCGUUCUUCCCUGUAAUCUAGGGUUCCCAUUUCAAUUUCGGCGGGUAAAGAAGCAAGAAUCUUUCCCCAACUUUCUUCUGGUUGGUGUACAGAUUCCCUUUUCUUGUGUUCUCCGAUCCGCGGGGGCUUGCGUGCGUUAUCGGGAUUGUGGUGCGGUGUAAGUCAUGACGAUUCCAGAUUCAUCGGGGUAUAACUACAUGAUGGAGAAUGGGUCGAUAGAGUUGCCAUGCAAGCCAGAGGAGGAGAAGAGGAUUGUUCGCGAACUGAAUGACAAAGCCGAAUCUAAUUUGCGGGAGGGGGAUUUGUACUACGUCAUCUCUAGCAAGUGGUUCAUGGCCUGGCAGAGGUACACAGGGCAAGUAGAAGGUUCAUAUCCAUUUGAAGAUCGUUCGGAUGAAACCCAAUCACUACUGCCAUCAAAUUCAGAUUAUAGGCCUGGAAUGAUUGAUAACACUGACAUUAUUGUGACUGGAGGGGAUAAGGAUGAUGACCCUCAGAUUGUAAUGGUCUUGAAUGAAGGGCCAGAUUAUGUAUUAAUUCCUCAGGAGGUUUGGGAGAAGCUCCAUAAAUGGUACAAAGGAGGGCCGGCAUUGCCACGGAAGGUGAUCUCAGUUGGGGAUAAACAGAAGCAGUUAGUGGUGGAAGUCUUUCCCCUGUGUUUCAGGCUAAUUGAUUCCAGAGACCAGAGCGAGCGGACUUUAAGAUUGAGCAAAAAGGUUACUUUGCAUGAUCUUUAUGUAAAAGUGUGCCAUCUUAAAGGUUUAAGUCUCGAUGAGGUUCACAUAUGGGACUACUUCGGUGAAAGGAAGCAAAGUAUAUUAACUCCUUCAAGCCAAUUUCUUGGGGAGACUAAUUUGCAGAUGAAUCAAUCGAUUCUUCUUGAGGUGCGAACUAAUGGAUAUGGGAUGGAUUCGACUGGGAAUGGUCUAGCCCUCGUACCAGUGGAACCAGCGAGAUCACCAUUUUCAAUUGCUGGUGGACCAACCAUGUCAAAUGGAAAUUCAACUGGCUUUAGCUCCAACACUUACCAUCAAAGCAUUGCUUCUUCUACAUUUGGGAACUUGGAGGAUGGACAUGAUGGUUUGAACCCUGGAACAAGAGGGGAGAGGGCAGGUCUUGCAGGAUUGCAGAAUUUGGGAAAUACUUGUUUCAUGAAUAGCGCUGUUCAGUGUUUAGUCCAUACAGCGCCACUGGUUGAGUACUUCUUGCAAGAUUACAGUGAGGAGAUCAACAGAGAAAACCCUUUGGGACUACGUGGAGAGCUUGCAGUUUCAUUUGGGGAGUUGUUGAGGAAACUGUGGUCAUCUGGCCGAUCUCCAGUUGCCCCACGUGCAUUUAAGGGAAAACUUGCUCGUUUUGCUCCCCAGUUUAGUGGGUACAAUCAGCAUGAUGCACAGGAGCUCCUUUCGUUCUUGCUUGAUGGGUUGCAUGAAGAUUUAAAUCGUGUGGCAGACAAGCCAUAUAUUGAAACAAAGGAUUCUGAUGGUCGGCCUGAUGAGGAAGUUGCUGAUGAAUUUUGGAGAUACUUCAAGGCCAGAAAUGAUUCAAUAAUCAUAGAUAUCUGCGAGGGCCAAUACAAAUCAACACUGGUUUGCCCUGUUUGCAGCAAGAUUUCAAUUACAUUUGAUCCCUUUAAUUGUCUGUCCUUGCCUCUUCCGUCGACAGCUACUAGGUCGAUGACAGUAACAGUAUUUUAUGGUGACGGAAGUGGGCUUCCUAUGCCAUUCACUGUUACUGUUCUGAAGCAAGGAUGCUGCAAGGAUCUCAACCAGGCAUUGGCUAUCGCUUGCUGUUUACGCAGCGAUGAAUACUUGCUCCUCGCUGAGGUCUAUGAACACCGUGUGUAUAGGUACCUAGAGAAACCAUCUGAACCUUUAGCUACGACCAAGGAUGAUGAGCAUAUUGUUGCAUACAGGCUCCCUAAAAAGGAGGGAAAUUCAAUAAGACUUGAGAUUUCUCAUCGAUAUGAGGAUAUUGAAAGGAAGCUUUUCCUAACUCCGCUAGUUACUAUCUUGGAAGACAUACAAUCUGGAGAUGAUAUUGACCUUGCCGUUAGCAGAGUGCUCUCCCCUCUAAGAAAAAAGACUUUUGUUGCUACAUUAAGGAGUCAUCAAAGUGGACAAAAUGGAUCUGAUAUGAAUGCCAUGGAAGAGGAAACAAUCAGCUCGCACGCCCAACAGGGACAGGCCAUCUGCUCAAUCGAAGAAAUUGGGCCACAGGCAAUGAGCAGUGGGGGGUGGUCCUUCCGUCUCUGUAUUACUGAUGACAAGGGUUAUGGUUGCAGGCCUAUAGCAAAAGAUACACCCAUUAAAGCUGGCCCUGUAAUUAAAGUCAUGCUCGACUGGACUGACAAGGAGCAUGAAUUAUAUGAUUCAAGCUAUUUGAAGGACCUUCCUGAGGUUCACAAGUCAGGAAUUCUUGCCAAGAAAACCAAGCAGGAGGCCAUAUCUCUAUUUUCUUGUUUGGAUGCAUUUCUAAAAGAGGAGCCUCUUGGUCCUGACGAUAUGUGGUAUUGUCCUAGGUGCAAGGAAUUUAGACAAGCAAGUAAAAAGUUGGAUUUAUGGAGGUUGCCGGAUGUACUUGUUUUUCACUUGAAAAGAUUCUCGUAUAGCAGAUGGCUGAAAAAUAAACUUGACACAUUUGUUAAUUUCCCUAUUCAUAAUCUUGAUUUGAAUAAAUAUGUGAGGAGCAAGGGCGCAUCUGAAGGCUCACAUGUUUAUGAGCUCUAUGCCGUCAGCAACCACUAUGGUGGCCUUGCGGGCGGACACUAUUCUGCUUAUUGUAAGUUAAUUGAUGAAAACAAGUGGUACCAUUUUGACGAUUCUCAUGUUUCUCCUGUAAAUGAGUCUGAGAUAAAGACAUCUGCUGCUUAUGUUCUCUUCUACCAAAGAGUUAAAUCUAACUCAGGUGGAGCAGUGGGCGAGGCAUCAGGUCAUAUGGCAUCUUAAAAGUCUCAAGCUGCUUCUGCUAAUUUUACAUUAUAUGGUCCAUUCAUAUGCUAUGCUCUUGGUUAAUAAAUGGAGUUUUUGUCGAUAUGGCAUGGCACUUUUGCCCGGCAGCAGCAUCAAAGUCGCUGUAGCAGUGGUUAUGAUAUUACAGUUUGUUGAAGAGGGAUCGUAGAACUGUGGGUUUCAAGGAAGAAACGACGGUUUACUAUUUGAAUGCUGCAAUUUUUUGUAGGAAAGCUGUAAGUGUUGGAUGGCCAUUUUAAGUGUUCUAGAGCUAUCAUCAAUCAUGUCAAUUGUUUUCUUGAUGCACCUGGUGUUGUACUAAUUUGGUUGCUGUUCCUUGGUUUCAUACUUGUCUGUGAAUUCAUUGGUGGAACUUAAUUCUGCCCUACCUAAUCGAACAUAAUGUUGUGUAA